GGUCUCUGCUGUCAAAACAAGACUCAAAAGGUAGAAGGAAUCGGCCAUGGAAGAAGCAAUUGCAACGAGGUAUUGGUGUCACAUGUGCUCUCAAACUGUGGAUCCAGUCAUGGAAGCUGAGAUCAAAUGCCCCUUUUGUCAAAGUGGGUUUGUUGAAGAGAUGGAAGACGACGAUCAUGAUUCUUCUGAUCCGGCUGAUGUUAGAGCUAACAACUCUCUUUGGGCUCCUAUAUUGAUGGAACUUAUGACUGAUCCUGUGCGCCGUAGGAGAAACCAGAGUGUUGAGUCUGUUGAAGAUAAUCAAAACGAGGCACAGACCGAGAGUAACGAAAACAACGGUGAAGAAAAUGAUUUGGAUUGGCAGCUUCAAGAGAUUCUCAGGAGAAGGAGAAGACAUUCUGCUGCUGUUUUGCAGUUGCUUCAGGGGAUACGAGCUGGCUUGUCUGUAGAAUCUGAGACUACUGGUAAUGGAGAUAAUAAUCCGGGACGGGUGAUCUUGAUCAAUACCUCCAAUCAGACAAUCACGGUUCAAAGCUCUGCUGAUAUGGAUUCUGUACCUGCUGGUUCUUUAGGUGACUAUUUCAUUGGGCCUGGAUUUGAAAUGUUGCUUCAGCGUCUAGCUGAGAAUGAUCCCAACAGAUAUGGGACACCUCCAGCUAAAAAAGAAGCUGUUGAGGCUUUGGGUACUGUGAAAAUUGAAGAGACUCUGCAGUGUUCGGUUUGCUUAGAUGAUUUUGAGAUUGGAACUGAGGCAAAGCGGAUGCCCUGUGAGCACAAGUUUCAUGGUGACUGCCUGUUACCAUGGCUUGAGCUUCACAGUUCAUGCCCUGUUUGCAGAUAUCAGUUACCUGCAGAUGAACCCAAGACUGACUCAGUAACAACAACAAGUGAUAACAAUGGAGGCAGUGGUGCUCCUGCUACAAGCAGCCAUGGAGCUGAGAACAGCAGGCGCCAAGAAGAAGAAGAAGAGGAGGACGAGGAGGAGGAGAACGAGGACAAUGAUGGAAGCGGAUUCUCGAUCCCAUGGCCGUUUAGCACUUUGUUCACCUCGUCCCAAGAUAGCAAUGCACCAACGGAUUCUAGUUAAAACAUGUUCCCUAAGCAACGUAAGCUUUUUGGUGUGAUCAUGAAAUCUCGGUUCUACCAAAAUCUGAUCUUUUGUCUGUACAUAAGUUUCUCAGAUUUGGUUGAAUGCUCUACAUCUUUGGAAAACAAAAAUCUUUCAGUUUG